AUGCAGUAUCUCAGUUUACCUCUUGUUAUUCAUCAGUGCACCUUAAAAACACAUCGUACACUCUUGGCUCGUUUUAAUUUAUACAUUUUAGGAGAGAAAAUAGUCGUCGUUCGAUGCGAGGAAAUCAACAUUUCCGGCCCGUUUUAUCGGAAUAAGUUGAAGUAUCUGAGUUUUCUCCGCAAACGGUGCAACAUCAAUCCGAAGAGAGGACCGUUUCAUUACAGAGCACCGAGAAAAAUUUUUUGGCGGACAGUGAGAGGCAUGCUUCCUCAUCUGACUCACCGUGGAAGUCACGCGUUAUCGCAUUUGAAAGUCCAUGACGGAGUGCCUCCGAUUUACAACCAUUAUAAGCGAAUGGUUUUACCUGAUACCAUGCGCAUUGUGUGUUUGAAGCCUUGCCUGGCCGCAAUUAUGUGGAAGCUGCGAGAAAAAACGAAAUGUUCAUACGUAAAAAAACAUGCGUUCUGUAAGGUUAAUCAUGAUUUUCCGUAUAGUGAGUUUUCAUUAGAAGAAACUAUUUAG